GAUACGUUGAGAGCGAAGAUGCUUGAAGAAGAGUAUAGCGAUUAGUGAAAAGAGGAAUAGAAUAAACCAGAAAGUUUGGUUUAUGCAGAGAGCCCCAAAUGCCCACCAUGAACACUUGUCUCUGAAUCUUCUCAGUUUUUUGAAAUUGUUUCUAGAGAGAGAGUGUGUGUGUGUAUGAAGAGGUUGUAGAGAGAGAGAGAGAGAGAGGGAGUUCUGAGUUCCAGAUGCUCUUGCAAUGGGGAAGGAAUUGCAGCAAAAUCUGCAGCAACAGCAGAGUCAUGAGAGUAGAAAUAGAGAAGGAGGUUCUUCGGGUCUUUUCUGCGAGAGAUGUUCGAUGGGAUUAUCAAUAAUCUAUAAAGAAUUCAGUUUUAGAUGUUUUUUAGUUUUGAUUCUCAGUUUGUCUCUUUUGGUCUCUGGGAUCUUCUGGAUCCUCCCUCCUCGUACAUCAAAAUUAGAUGGUUUUGAUGCCAAAGAUGAAAUUAAGCUCCGUGCCACAGUGCAAGCAUUCUUUAGACUACAAAAGCCUGUUUCACAGCUUGUUCCACACAUUGGAAAAUUAGAAUAUGAUAUCAAUGAUGAAAUAGGCGUGCCAAAUGCAAAGGUGGUUAUCCUAUCCAUGCACCAAUCUGGUGCAUCUAACUGGACUAAUGUUGUGUUUGGUGUUCUUUCUGACUCAACGAAUGUUCCAAUAAAUCAAGUGUCCUUGAGUGUGCUGAGGUCAUCUUUAAUUGAGGUGUUCCUUCAGGACUCCAAUCUGACUGUGACAACCUCAAUUUUUGGGCAGCCCUCUAUGUUUGAGAUUUUGAAGUUUCCUGGGGGGAUCACUGUAAUCCCAGUGCCAUAUGCUUCCUUUUGGCAGAGGCCUCAAACCCUUUUUAGAUUUAUCCUCAUUAAUUCCUUAGCUGAAGUGCUGGAUAAUCUCACAGAGUUAAGGGAUCAGUUGAAGUUUGGAUUACAACUGAGACCUUAUGAGAACAUAGUUGUGCAAAUGACAAACGCUGCUGGCUCCACAGUAAAUCCUCCGGUCACUGUUGAGGCUUCUGUUAUAUCAGAUUUAGGAGGACUUUUGCCACAGAGAUUGAAGCAGUUGGCUCAAAUGAUUACAGAUUCUCCUUCAAAGAAUCUUGGCCUGAAUAACUCAGUUUUUGGUAAAGUUAAGAGUGUUGUUUUGUCAUCAUAUUUAAAAGGUACACUUCACGCAAAACCUCCAACUCCUUCACCAGCUCCAUCUCCAGAGCUUAGUGAGUAUGCUGAACCUCCAAUGUCCCCAUGUCCUACUUUUUCUCCAUCACCUGUUCCAGCAUCCUCUCCUCCUCCAUCAGAUGACAUUCACUCACAUGCAACAAGCCCAAAAUGUGGGCUGCACCAUUCUUUACCUUCUGUAAAUUCUCCAGCACCUUCUACAGUAACACCUGAUCCUCCUCACUCUUGUGGACACCAUGGUUCUCCAAUAUCUUCAAUCUCAUCACCUUCUCAUUCUAACCGAAGUCCUUACUUGCGUUCAGUGGACCCCCCGUCACAGCUGCCCCCAAGUUUGUCUCCACUGCCUCAAGUUUCCUAUGGUUCCAUGCCAAGGAAAGGUUCAGCAUCUCAAUUGCUUGCUCCAUCUCCAUCAUCUGUAGCUGUACGUCCUUCCUACAAGGAGAUCUGGUGGUUGGGAUUUUCAGGAUUGUUGAUCUUUCAUCUUCUUUGUUGCUCACAUUGACAAAAGCACAUUUCAGGAUUAGAAGAUGUUUGAUACCCAGUUUUUCUGGCGAGGAUGGUAGAAACAUACAUGGAAAGUUCACAAGUUUUCUUCAAAAAAUUGACAUAAAUGUAAAUGAAACCGAAGAUGAAUUGUAGGUCAAAGCCAAGAAGGUGGCAGGCCUUUCAUCUUACUACUAAGUUCCUGAUGUCAUAGGGAAACAUGAGUUUCUUCUAAAGGGAACAAUCCCAAGACACUGCAAUCAAGAAUCAACUUUGUAUUGCAGAUUUCACGAACUGUUUCCUGUAUGUUCAAGUGUAAAAAUGCAGGUACUUUAGUAACAUCUGCAAUACAAAGUUGAAAGAAAAAAAUUGUAAACUUAAAAAGAAAUAGAAUACAUCUUCAAUUGAA